AAUGAAAAGAGAGGGAAAGGAAAGGAACGGAGGGAUAGAACGAAAAUGGGGAGAGGGAAGAAGAAAGCGGCGGGAAGUUCUGAACCUGAAACAGUGGCGCUUCCAAUCCCUGAUUUCACUCAAUCAACUCAUCUUAAUGGCGAUUCAGCCCCUUCAAUCUCUAACAACAACGGUAGUGAACCCAAAAUUUUAUUUCCACAUUCACCUUCUUCACUUCACAAUGCUUCUGUGCAAAUUCCUCUACCCAUCGACGACGCCGGAGUGGUCAACGGCGAAGACAAUGUCAUACCUGAUGUUUCUGCUUCUGAACGUACUAACCUAGAUGAGGGCUUCUUCGAAGUUGAAGCCAUUCGGCGGAAAAGAGUUCGUAAGGGACAGCUUCAGUACCUCGUCAAAUGGCGUGGUUGGCCAGAGACAGAAAAUACAUGGGAACCCUUGGACAAUCUCCAGUCAUGCUUUGAAUUUAUUGAAGAAUAUGAAGAAAGGUUUUGUCAAUCGCGAUCAGGAAAGCAGCGGAAGCGGAAGCGCAAGGACGAAGACAUUGAAAGUGAAUCUCAAGAGGAAAAAGAUCUCCAAAUUAUAGCCAUUGAUAAUGUCACGGAUGUAGUUAUCAGUACUCUGGAUGAUCGUCUAUCGGCCGCUCCAUUUAACAAGAAACUUCAUCGUGAUCUUCCUAUUUCUCAAGAACCCUUAGACUCUAUUCAUGAAGGAGAGCUAGAUGGGAAAUUUGAUGGAAGUAGAAAGAAAGACGAAUAUGAUCUGAAACUUAUCGACUUCAAUGCAUCGAUAUCUGGCAACAUGGUUGAUUCUGAGAAAAAAACAGUGGCUUCUAACGAUGUUAGCCUUGUUUAUGAUGUUUCCAAGGCCGAUUGCGUGGUGGGUUCUGCUCAGGUAAGUCACUCCACUGGUGCCAAGAGAAGGAAGUCCAGUAGGGUGAAAAGGUUCACGAAGGAUUCAGCCUUGCCUGAACAAGGAUUAAAACAAAAUGCAGCAACUGUAAGCAUUGAGCCUAUUGAUCCAAGUGAACAAUUAGGACCCCAGAAUCCUAGUUCGUCAGGCCACUCCAGAAAUGUGUCUACCAUCACAAGGAUUAUCAGGCCUGUUGGUUAUUCAGUUUCAGUAUUAAAUAACAUCCCAGAUGUAAUCGUAACCUUCUUGGCUGUGAGGUCGGAUGGAAAAGAAGUGACGGUGAAUAACAAAUUUCUUAAAGCUAACAAUCCACAUCUGUUGAUUAACUACUAUGAGCAACAUCUCCGAUAUAAUCCUACAUUAUGAAAGAACUGCACUUGUGUCUGGCCACCACCAUCAUCUACAUGGUUUACAAGCUGUAAUUUUGUAGUUUUAGGAGAUUCAGUGAAAUACAUUAUGAAUUCUCGGUAAAUUUCAACUGUGUCAAGAGGAGAUCAGACUAUUUUCCUUCUCCGUUUAAUUCUUAUAUGGGGAUGAAUGGAAAGUUAUAUUCUUUUUGAAUAUUGAAGUUCCUAUCUCAAACAAUUUAAAGACUUAGUUAAUCGAACUAUGAACUUGUAACCACCCUAACAAAAAAAAAAAAAACUCCAAUGGCAAGAGGCUGUUUGCUCAUAAUCUUGUAAGACAUUGUCAUUCGUUUCCCCUAUAAUCCUGCUUUUACAGA